GGAAGGCAUUAGUCAAGAAAUCAUUAUAUAACAGUAAUUAAACGUCACUUCUAGACGAAGUCAUAGCUGUCACUUUUCCAAAUUCUACCCCCGCUUCUUUGAUUGCCCCUUUCAAUUGUGAUUUGUGGAAGUCUCGUGAAAAAGGCAACGAACAUCCUUUGCCUGUAUAAACGGGAGAAUAUUAAAUCAUUAGCUUCCUAACAUAUUGUUGAAAUGUGUGAUAACGAAAAAGAAGAAGCAGCUAAUUUGAAAGAGGAAUUCGAAUGGGUCCUGCGUGAAGAGGUUCACGCGAUAUUACAUCAGCUGCAUUCAGUCUUAGUCGAGUGCGCUCACAGGUUUCCGGUGCCCUUGUACGGGAACGAGGGCCAGAAACAAGAUAAAUUUAUACUGACAUCACAGCCUGAACAACUAAAAUGUAUUGUGACACUAACUGGAGACAGUAUAACUCAUGCAGACAUAAGUUUCAAAGUGCUACGGCAGAUGCACACAAUAUGCCGUACAUCUAUCAAUCAGGAUGGCCCUUGGAAGCUCCAGCAGAUCCAAGAUGCGGCCAAUCAUUUACAACAAGCCAUCGGUUAUAUUGACAAUGUGGACAAACACUAUGUAUUCAGGUCAUCAGAAGAAGUAUUGCACAUUAUACAGUGUCUGAUCGGCUCGCUACAGCGGGCUCGUACCGCAUUAGUAUUGCCUAAGAAAAAAGCAAUUGAUGAGCUUAUGAAGAGUAGAAAUAUGAAAGCCUUAUCACCAAAUCUACCAGAAGACCUAGCAAUAUCCUUCUACAUUCAAUCCCACAAGCUUAUAUUCGUCGCGUACCAACUAAGCUCAGUGCACGGGACGAUGAGAAUCGAUUCGUGUCAAGCUGACUGCGCUGUUCCCUGGCUGAGUGAUGUCCUUUUCAUGUUAACUGCAGCACUCCAUAUGUGUCAACAACUUAAGGAUAAGCUUUGCGUCUUCUCCCAAUACAAAGAUUUCACAGUGGGAUCAAGAUCUGCCUCCAUGGUGUUUAACUGAACACCUUCAACGAUGUUACCUAAUCAAAUGUAUCUAAGCAUUAUAUACCUCUAGGUAUGCGUAAUAUACAAAACGAUUGUAUGUAAGUACAUGUAUUUAUUUAGUUAUAGUUAUUGAGUCCAUUGUUGAUAUUCUUGUUGAGUAUGAUGUAAUAUAAUGUAUAGAAACUAAUGUUACAACUAUAUGUAGGUGAACAGUAAACUAACAUUGGGUCUGCCAUGUGUAUAUUUUGAGACAUAGCAAAUGGGAUUUAAGUAUUCUUUUAAUUUAUUAUGACUACUUACAGUUGCAAGAUUAAUGUUAAAUUAUGAAUUCGAAUUAAGAGUUAUGUUAUUUAUUGUGAGGGUAUAUUGUUAGGCUUCUGUCUGGUUUCGUAGGCUUUAGCAACUUAGUAUUCCACCCACGCUGACAAAAGAUGUGGUAACAAGCACCUUAUGAAAGUUGGGUAGUAACAUACCAACGAACACUUAAUUCCUUUUUUUAAAUAUGAUUAUCGAAUAAAGUUGAACAAAGUUCGACGAUCUCAGAUUCGCAAUAAAAGCAAACAAUACUGAGUCAUUACCAUCGGGCACUCUAAGCGCGGAUUUUGCUUUUGCAAAAGCGAGAUGCUGAUACUUGUAAUGUGCCCCGUCUCGCUUCAAUAACAGCAGCAAGCAUGCUUUAACAACUUAUAGUAUACGCGACAUAUUAAGUCGGGUUAAUUUUCCUCUAACAAAUUUCUCCUGUUAAUAUUAUUACCGCAACAAGCAAGAUACGAUCUUACAAAGCAAUAAUAUUUUCUACUAAUGGAUUAACGUAAGCAUAAUUACGAAUCUUGCUAAAAUGUUGCUUAUGACGUUGAUAUAAAGUCCGAUUUAGAAUGAUGGUCCAAUGCCUUGAAUUAGUAAUUGAUUCCGUGCGGUAUUAUUUAACGAUUUCUAUUUCUGUAUAGAGGCUAUUUUAAGUUUGACCCUUUGAAUGUGGUAAUCGAAUGAUGAUACACGUUUAUUUAUGUUUAAUUGACCAUUUACAGCUAGUAUUUUGGGUAAGGUCUUAUUAAUUAAUAAACUGACUAUUCUCUCGCUAUAGUACACCAAGCCGAGCCACAAUUAGUUCUUGCGUUGUGUUUUCUAAAACCUAUUCAGUUCAAAAGUCUUUAUUUCUUUCAUAUCAUAUCACAUAGCACAAGACACAAAAAUACCAGCAUCAUACAAAGGGUCUAUAACAAUAUACGCAUAAUAAACAAAAUGAUUAUAUUAGUUAUUUAUUUUCUAUGUUAUUUAAUAGAUCUGAAUGUAUAGUUAAUGGUUAUAAAGUGUGUAUCUCGAAGCAAUAUAGCUUCGAAUUUUAUUUCUGUAAUGCCAUAGUUAAAUGAAAAUACUAAUUUAUUAUAGAUAUACAUGUAGAUAUUUGAUAAUGUAAUCAAAUUGUAAGAAUGGAUCCGUCAAUACAAAACUAUAGAUAUCUGGCUUAUGAAAUAUUGCUUUUUUAUAAUGAUGGAAGUAUCUGGUAUUGAUAAAAAGUAUGAAAAAAAAACAGACAUAGUUGCCAAAGUUUCAGUAACACAAUUUAUUUAUAUGUAUUCCUAAAAUAAGAACGUAAUAACAGUUUCAUCUUCACAAACCAUCAAUGAUUUUAACUUAAUUAAUUUCUUCUUCAAUUUCAUGAGAAAAUUCUGAGCAUAGUCAUAGUCAAUUAAUUGUAACUUUCUUGAGGUGGAUUUAUAAUUGUUUAAUUACGGUUUACUCACGCCCAUUUAUUGCUCGCCUGAAAAAUUUCGACUUAAUCGGAGAGAUAAAAAAAAGAGAGAAAGCGCUCCAGUGGCGCCAUUACAGAUAUGAGGAGGUGCUAGUGUUGCACUUGUAGAAAUUAAAUGUGUACUUGUGAAACAGCGCCACUAAAGCUCUUCCUCCGGCCACUCAUUUGAAAAACCCUAAAUCAUAACCUAAGGUGGCGUUUUUAAACAACCGUUCUAAACAAUUAUAGUCAAUUAAAAUAAAAACAAGAUUCACUUUGUAUCUAAGUAAUUUGACUUAAAGGAAUUCCAAUUUCUUAUAAAAAUGUGAUAAUUACAUCUUGUAUUAAGAGUAUAACUGAUAAGCCGGCUAUGCUUCCCAAAAGCCUGUAAAACGAAUUUUGAAUAUGAUUUUCAAAUGCUAAUACUAUUAUCAUAACAAGAUAAUUAAUGCUGUUAUCCACUUUUAUAUAAUCUAACAGAAAUAUUAAACAUGUUACUAAUAUGUAUAAAAAUAUAAAUAAUAAUCACUGUAAACUAAUCACCUGUGUUCAUUCAACCUCUAUCUUUUAAAUAGCUAAUCAACUUAAUUUACCAUCUAAGACUGGCUUACGGUUGUCAUUGGUUGUCUAUCUUUUUCUUUAAGGCUUUGGCAAUUUGCUGUAUUGUACAACAAUUACUGCCAAUGUUAAUCUUUUGGUAAUUUAGUCUGUUUGACAGCCAAUGACAUUGAUCAGCUAUUGAAGGUGGGGGUAAAGUAAAAUAGCUUUUUAGAUACUGAGGGUAUUUCUAAAUUGUUCUAUGAGUAUUGAUUGAGCUUAACAUAUUUUAAUUGUUAAGUUAUAAACAGCUUGCAAUAUAGAUAUUCAAAGCACUGUUUCGCUUUCUACAUAAUAUUGUGCUAAAUGUUUAUAAUAUAAUCACACACAAUUAAUAAUAAAAAGGUUGUGUAUUUAAUGUUGUUUAAAUUAGGAACGAACCUUGAAUGUGAAAUGAGGGUAUUUGGAAAUCAGUUUAAUCUUAAAAAUUCAUUAAAUAUAUGAAAAAUAAACAAACAAUUUUUUUGAAUGUAAUAUCGUCUUUAUUAUGAGCUAUUUAUAAUCUUUCCAAUGUUAAUGUCCUUUCAAAGAUUUUUAACUUACUACAAUUUACAGAUUAAAAACCUAAAUAAAUUGGUUCAUUGUAUAUUAUCCAAUAUUCAAAGAAAUUAAUGUAAUAGUACAUUAUAAAGUAAAUUUCAAAUCAUUAUUGGGAAGCACUAAUGUAAUUAAAGCAAAGAAAAACCUUAUAAUAUAAUUGGCAAAGGAAUUGGCAAUGAAUGAUGAAAUUGUAUUUUUAUGCACAUAUUGAUAACUAAAUAUAAUAAAUUGUUAACGCACUUUCUGAAUAUUCGCUAUGAUCAGUCUUGUGAAAUUAUAUCUUUACUAUUGUAUUAUUUUUUAAAUCGAGGAAUCACCUCAUUGGCUUUCUGCCUGAAAUAUUCAUGAGCUGCAUUUAAUUGAGAAAUAUAUUCCACAGUAAUUGUUUUGAGGGAGUGGCCUCGAAUUUGUAAUGAACCAUCAUGUUCAAAUUAUUUAUUUGACAUGUUUGACAAUAAAAUUAUUGUACUAGUAUUAUUAGGUAGUCUCAAGACUAUUUUAUCUAUACCUACUGUAUAAACAGUUUAUGUGAUUGUGUUGUAUUUCAAUAAAUCAAAAUGCUGUUAUGCAAAA